GUGUUUUACGAAGGAUUUACAGCUGUUUUCACAAACCUUGAUACGAGUGGAUCUCAUGGUCCACACUCAGUUGGCAGUCACUACACAGGUCAGGAUCAUGACGGACAAGUUACAGUGUCCAACGGUACUCAACUGUGGACUGUGCCACACACUGGUGAAUACAGAAUAGAAGCAAUAGGAGCCUCAGGGGAGUACGGUGAGGACAGUGUGAUCAGCGGAGGGAGAGGGGCACGGAUGAUUGGAAACUUUAUGUUGACCAAAGAUGAGAUCAUUCGUAUACUUGUUGGUCAAAGAGGGGAAAAAGGGGCUUACACCAAAAAAACUGCCGGAGGCGGAGGAGGUACAUUUGUAGUAACAGGAGACAAUAAGCCUUUGAUCAUAGCCGGAGGUGGAGGAGGAGUUUCAAAAAUGACAGAACAGUAUUCCGGAUGUGAUGCGUCCAUAAACACAACAGGGAAUGCAGGGUAUAACGCGCCAUUCCUGUCAGGAGGAAGUAACGGAAAUGGAGGACAAACUGAGAAACCGUACUCUGGUAGGUGAAGAAUUUCCUAUUCAUAACUACUGGAUCUUUUUUUUGCAUCCAUCAGUAUUUCGAACAAAGAGGUGGUACCGGCCGCUCAAAUUUGGAAUUUUUUCAGAAUUACUAAAAGUCAUGAUCUGUUAAGUUGCUAAUGUCAACUGUAAAUCUCUUGAUUGUAGGUGGUGGUGGCGGCGGCUUUUACAGUAAUGGAGAAGAUUCAGAGAUUUCUCGUGGAGGGGGAAAGGGAGGUAAAGGACUUCUGGCCGGGGGAGAGGGGGGAGCAUAUCUGGGUGGGUUCGGAGGUGGGGGUGGUUAUCGUGUAAUCUAUAAAUUACCUGGGGGAGGUGGAGGAUACUCUGGGGGAAGUGGAGGUGCGAAUAAAAAUAUUUCCUGUGGGGGAGGGGGAGGUUCUUUCAACAACGGAACAAAUCAGCAAAAUGAAUGUUGCUAUAAUACUGCUGGACAUGGUAGAGUGAUCAUAACAUUUCUCCACUGA